UCGAGCUCUGAGAGGUCGAUUUGGGUCAUCGUGUGGAGCGAGCAAGGCAGCAGCGCACAGAGUAAGUAGAGAAGUAGUGCAGAGUACAGAGAGAGAGUACAGAGAGAGUACUAGGAUGUUUCUGGGAGGGAUCUCGGUGUUGCUGUUCGCAAUGACAACGCUGCUGCUUCUACAAACCACCACCUCAUUAAGACGAGGAGACAGGUCGUGCGUGGGCCGCUGCGGGGAGUCGUUCGUGAGAGGCGCCACGUGCUCCUGCGACUUCGACUGCACCAAGUUCAAGCAGUGCUGCCGCGACUUCAGGAGCGUCUGCACCAAGGAGUCGUCGUGCCGAGGCCGCUGCGAGGAGCCGUUCCGCCGGGGCCGGCGGUGCCACUGCGACUCGACCUGCGUAGAGUUCGGGGAGUGCUGCCCGGACCACGCAGAGUUCUGCAUCGAUACGACGCCGGAGGAUGACUACGACUACUCAGAGGUAUCCCCCGCAGAGAGCCACUCCGUGGAGCUUGCUCAGGCCCCUACCCAGGCCUCACCUUUGGAGGAGAAUGUGGAGAAGGGCCAACAAGGUGAUCAAGCUCCUCCACACAAGAAGAUCCCGGCUGGGAGGGCCAAUAAGGAGCAGCAAGCCGUAGAACCCGGAGGCCCCAUCAAACCCGAUAAGAGUGGUAAAGAAACUCUCCCUCUGAAGCUACCGCUGGCUCCCAUUGCCCCGUCCCUACCUGCUCUGACUCCUGAACCUACAAUUCACACCACUCAGGAACCACUGACUGUCACGGUGCCUCUUGAAACUCCAAAUCCCACCACUCAAGAAUCACUUACCAACUACACCGUUCUUACCACCACUCCAAAUCCCAUCACUCAAGAACCACUUACUAACUACACCAUCCUUACCUCAACUCCAAAUCCGAGCACUCAAGAAUCACUUACCAACUACACCGUUCUUACCACCACUCCAAAUCCCACCACUAAAGAACCACUUACCAACUAUACAGUUCUUACCACCACUCCAAAUCCCACCACUCAAGAAUCACUUACCAACUACACCGUGCUUAGCACAACAUCAUAUCCCAGCACUCAAGAAUCACUUACCAACUACACUGUUCUUACCACCACUCCAAAUCCCACCACUCAAAAAUCACUUACCAACUACACCGUGCUUAGCACAACAUCAUAUCCCAGCACUCAAGAAUCACUUACCAACUACACCGUUCUUACCACAACUCCAAAUCCGAGCACUCAAGAAUCACUUACCAACUACACCGUUCUUACAACCACUCCAAAUCCCACCACUCAAGAACCACUUUCCAACUAUACCGUUCUUACCACCACUCCAAAUCCGAGCACUCAAGAAUCACUUACCAACUACACCGUUCUUACCACAACAUCAAAUCCCACCACUCAAGAAUCACUUACCAACUACACCGUUCUUACGACCACUCCAAAUCCGAGCACUCAAGAAUCACUUACCAACUACACCGUGUUUACCACCACUCCAAAUCCCACCACUCAAGAAUCACUUACCAACUACACCGUGCUUACCACCACUCCAAAUCCCAUCACUCAAGAACCACUUACUAACUACACCGUCCUUACCUCAACUCCAAAUCCGAGCACUCAAGAAUCACUUACCAACUACACCGUUCUUACCACCACUCCAAAUCCCACCACUAAAGAACCACUUACCAACUAUACAGUUCUUACCACCACUCCAAAUCCCACCACUCAAGAAUCACUUACCAACUACACCGUGCUUAGCACAACAUCAUAUCCCAGCACUCAAGAAUCACUUACCAACUACACUGUUCUUACCACCACUCCAAAUCCCACCACUCAAAAAUCACUUACCAACUACACCGUGCUUAGCACAACAUCAUAUCCCAGCACUCAAGAAUCACUUACCAACUACACCGUUCUUACCACCACUCCAAAUCCGAGCACUCAAGAAUCACUUACCAACUACACCGUUCUUACCACAACAUCAAAUCCCACCACUCAAGAAUCACUUACCAACUACACCGUUCUUACGACCACUCCAAAUCCGAGCACUCAAGAAUCACUUACCAACUACACCGUGUUUACCACCACUCCAAAUCCCACCACUCAAGAAUCACUUACCAACUACACCGUUCUUACGACCACUCCAAAUCCGAGCACUCAAGAAUCACUUACCAACUACACCGUGUUUACCACCACUCCAAAUCCCACCACUCAAGAAUCACUUACCAACUACACCGUGCUUACCACCACUCCAAAUCCGAGCACUCAAGAAUCACUUACCAACUAUACUGUGCUUACCACCACUCCAAAUCCCACCACUCAAGAAUCACUUACCAACUAUACCGUUCUUACCACCACUCCAAAUCCCACCACUCAAGAAUCACUUACCAACUACACCGUUCUUACCACCACUCCAAAUCCGAGCACUCAAGAAUCACUUACCAACUAUACCGUUCUUAGCACAACUCCAAAUCCCACCACUCAAGAAUCACUUACCAACUACACCAUCCUUACCACAACAUCAAAUCCCACCACUCAAAAACCACUUUCCAACUACACCAGACUUACCACAACAUCAAAUCCCACCACUCAAGAACCACUUACCAAUACAAUGCCUACCACAACUCCAAAUCCCACCACUCAAGAACCACUUACCAACUAUAUCGUGCUUACCACAACUCCAAAUCCCACCACUCAAGAACCGCUUACCAAUACAAUGCCUACCACAACUCCAAAUCCCACCACUCAAGAACCGCUUACCAACUUUCCCGUUCUUACCACAACAUCAAAUCCCACCACUCAAGAACCGCUUACCAAUACAAUGCCUACCACAACUCCAAAUCCCACCACUCAAGAACCGCUUACCAACUUUCCCGUUCUUACCACAACAUCAAAUCCCACCACUCAAGAACCACUUACCAAUACAAUGCCUACCACAACUCCAAAUCCCACCACUCAAGAACCGCUUACCACCUUCUUGUCCACUUCCCUCGUGGCCUCCACCACCACGUGGCCUGCUGAGAGAGUGAUCACCCGCAGACCCGGAAAGAUGACCACCGACCAAUCGUGGCCUGACAAUGGGUCUGGGGAGGGCAGCACGUAUCGGCCGCCCAGAGUGCAAGUCCCAACGAUGAAAACCACAGACUACGUGGACAAGGACAUCUGCAAUGAGAGACCGGUGAGCGGAAUAUCGACUUUGCCCAACGGAGACACUGUCGUGGUGAAAGGGCCGUUCUUCUGGAACCUGAGACUGAGGUUGGUCCCACAAAGGGUCUCCACGGUGUGGCGGGUGCCUUCCCCAAUCGACGCCAUGUUCACCCGCUGUAGCUGUCAGCCCAAGACCUACAUCUUCAAGGGGGAUAAGUACUGGCGCCUGGAUAAUGGAGUCCCAGACAUGGGGUACCCAAAGCUCAUCUCGCAAGGGUUCAGCGGACUCCAAGGUCCCAUCACGGCGGCCCUCCCAGUGCCUGGGGAAAAGCGGGGGUCGGAGCACGUGUUUCUGUUUCAGGGACCUACCGUGGCAAAGUACCUGUUCAAGAAACACGAAUGUCCAGCAUCCCAAGCGAGGAUCCAUUUCCAGUUACGCAGGGGCCGUGCCGUGGACACCAGAAGCUCCAAAAGUCAGCUGCAGUUUGGCUCGAUCCACAUUCACUGGAAGGGCUUCCCCCUCGACUACUCCUCCGUCUUCACGAGGCCCAUUGCGCCGGCGGUGCCCGCAGCCCGGAUUUCCUACCGGCACUUCGUCGUCGUCAGAGACUCCUACUACAGCCUGAACAUGCACAAUAAGCAAGUGUCCAAGAAGCCGGAGGGCAGCAUUCGGGGAGACCUGUCCUGCCCUUGAGGCAGGGCAGCAGAUCGCGACCUGUGGGACCUCUUCUCCCAGCCAGGGUGACAGGGUCAGGGCUAUUCUACGCUUUUGCAUGACGGUGGUGAUGCCAGUAGCAGCAGAAGCUGCAGCAGCGGCGGCAGCGACGUGGUUGUCCAGGAGCUGGAGGCCAAUGUGGAGGUCCAACUGCUGCUCCUGCCACUAUAAGAGAAGAGGCGAGCUUCAGCAGAGAGCGUUCGUGCCGUGUCACCACCACUCCUCUUCGCUCAUCCACCCUCCCUCAUCCACCCUCCCUCCUUCACCCUCCUAUCCUUCACCCUCCCUCCUUCACCCUCCCUCCUUCACCCUCCCUCCUUCACCCUCUUUCCUUCACCCUCUAUCCUUCACCCUCCAUCCUUCAUCCUCCCUCCUGCACCCUCCCUCCUGCACCCUCCCUCUUCCACCAUCGCAAAUCCUCCCUCCUACCUCCUCCACACUCCCUCCUCCUCCUCCAAUGUUAGUCUAUGGGUCCAGUGUUGAAUCUAUGGGUCCAGUGUUGAGUCUAUGGGUCCAGUGUUAGAUUGUGUCCAGUUUUAAGUCUAUGGGUCCAGUGUUAUGACUAUGGAUGCAGUGUUAGGUCUAUGGGUCCAGCGUUGAGUCUAUGGGUCCAGUGUUAGUCUAUGGGUCCAGUGUUAGUCUAUGGGUCCGGUGUUAGUCUAUGGGUCCAGUGUUAGUCUAUGGGUCCGGUGUUAGUCUAUGGGUCCAGUGUUAGUGUAUGGGUCCAGUGUUAGUCUAUGGGUCCGGUGUUAUUCUAUGGGUCCAGCGUUGAGUUUAUGGGUCCAGUGUUAGUCUAUGGGUCCAGUGUUAGUCUAUGGGUCCGGUGUUAGUCUAUGGGUCCAGUGUUAGUCUAUGGGUCCGGUGUUAGUCUAUGGGUCCAGUGUUAGUGUAUGGGUCCAGUGUUAGUCUAUGGGUCCGGUGUUAGUCUAUGGGCCGGUGUUAUUCUAUGGGUCCGGUGUUUAGUCUAUGGGUCCAGUGUUAGUCUAUGGGUUCAGUGUUAGUCUAUGGGUCCAGUGUUAGUCUAUGGGUCUAGUGUUAGUCUAUGGGUCCAGUGUUAGUCUAUGGGUCCAGUGUUUAGUCUAUGGGUCCAGUGUUAGUCUAUGAGUCUGGUGUUAGUCUAUGGGUCAGGUGUUAGUCUAUGGGUCCGGUGUUAGUCUAUGGGUCCAAUGUUAGUCUAUGGGUCCGGUGUUAUUCUAUGGGUCCGGUGUUUAGUCUAUGGGUCCAGUGUUAGUCUAUGGGUCUAGUGUUAUUCUAUGGGUCCGGUGUUAGUCUAUGGGUCCUGUGUUAGUCUAUGGGUCAGUGUUAGUCUAUGGGUCCAGCGUUAGUCUAUGGGUCCAGUGUUAGUCUAUGGGUCGUUAGUAACUGAAAAACCACAUCCCUGCUGCUGCUGCUGCUGUCAUCAUCCGCAUGCCUAGAAUAAGUGCUUUGAAACGGUCAGUAGAUUUUACUUUGUUUUUUGUAAAACCUUUACAUAUAUUCCACACUGGAAGCGCACACUUCCAAUGCCUACCCCCACCUCCCGUCGAAUCAUACUCUGCGGUGUUUGGCCCGUGCCUCGAACCCAUCGGUCCGAGUCAAUAACAAACAAUAAAGAUACUCAUUGACAU